AGCUGUCUGCCAGACAAGGAAGCACAAGUCUAACUUCUGCUAUCUGCUGGAACAGCUCCACACAUCCGAUUAUUGAAGAGCUCAACCCAUCCAUCCCCAGAUGUAAUGGAGAAUUCAACCCAGAGAAAAUCCUGAGUGGACCAAUUUACCAGCUGGGAGAUUACCGUGAGUGCUUGUAUAAACUGGAAGCACAAUACUGCUUGACACAAAUACAACUGAUACCAGCAGACAAUUCGUCUCAUUUAUGGCUGAGAAUACAGGAAUCAAAUAGAAUCCUCACCAAUUUUCGCCGAGACAGGCUUUAUGUUGGUAUAUGUGUGCCAACACAGUGCAAUAUUUUAGACAUAAGGAAUGGACUUCAAGAAUCUUUUAAUGCAGCAUCUCAGGAUCUUGGAAUCAGUUCCAUUAUUACUGUGAACAAAGAAGACUGCCAAACAAAAAACAUGCUUCCACUAACAUUGAUAGAUAUCAUUGUGUGCUUUCUACUUGGGAGCAUUAUACUGUUGGUACUCUGUGGAUCAAGUUAUGAUGCAGUCAGAAGGAAGCACAAAUGUGAAAACCAAGUUAAAACAACAGGUGGAAGGCUCCUGAUGUGUUUUUCACUGUUUACAAAUUUUCAUAAACUGGGAACUCUGAGCAAGACGGAGGAUUCUAAAUCUUUCCGAUUUAUCCAGGGAAUACGUUUUCUUACCAUGUUUCUUGUAGUAACGACACAUGGCCUCUUUUGGACAAUUCGUGGACCAAUCCAGAAUCCAGAGUGGGUGGAGGAGUCAUACAAAGAUUUCUUUCGGUCCGGCUUCAUGAAUGGUAAUGCAAUCAUGGGUACAUUCUUAAGCAUCAGUGGAUUUCUUUUAAGUUAUUUCUUCAUGCAAGACAAACAUUUUAGGGGGUCAUUCAGCAUAUUUGAUUUUCUCAGAGUCAUUGGUCAUCGGUACAUGAGACUGACUCCUGUGUAUGCAAUAAUGGUGGCUUUAGCUGCAAGUUGGUUUAACCACUUGGGUAGUGGUCCUAUGUGGAACCAUAUCGUGAGUACUGAAACUGAAGACUGUCGUCAGAACUGGUGGUACAAUCUGCUUUACGUCAACAACUACAUCAAUGUUGAUAAGUCAUGCCUGGGACAAACUUGGUACCUGGCAGUGGAUUUUCAGUGUUUUGUAAUGUCCAUGUUGGUGUUGAUCCUUCUCUGCAAGUAUCCUCAAUUUGACAAGAUAAUACUGGGUGCAGUGAUGUUACUGUGGAUCCUUGUUCCCUUUCUUCAAACCUAUAUUGAGAGAUUAGAUCCCAUGGUAAUUAAUUAUCCUGAUACACUUAUAAACCUACAGCAAAACAGAACUUUCCAGAGGAUGUAUGUACCAUUUCAUGGGAAUGCUGGAGCUUACUUUGUAGGAGUUAUUUUUGGUUACAUAUACUACAAUGCAAAACGUAACACUGUGAAAAGAACAAGACUGAUGUAUGUAUUGGUCUGGUCAAUAUCUCUGACUGUGCCAUGGACAUUCUUCAUGCUGAGCUUCAUAUUCUAUCAGCCCAGUUACAAAUAUAAUGUCCUUUCAGCUAGUUUCUAUGCUUGUGCAUACAAGACUCUUUUUGGCACUGGAAUAGCAGUUUUGGUCACAGGAUUUGCUUUAGGAUACGGGUGGAUAUGCAAUAGCAUUGUAUCAUGGAAACCAUUCCAAGUCCUUGGAAGACUUACAUAUACGAUAUACUUCACUCACUUCUCCUUGCAGAGAUUGCAAGCUGGAGCUACAAAGCAGCCUGUGUACCUUGAUGAGUACUCACUGUUUCGUAGUACACUUUCUGAUAUGAUUAUUGCUGUUGGCCUGGCCCUUCUGCUCUGUUUAUGUAUAGAAAUGCCAUUUUCAGCAAUAACCACAGUAUUUAUUCUUCCAGAUCUCAAGGUCCAGACAGCACCACAUAAAAAAAGUUAACAACAAAGGCAUCCAUCUACAGGCAGCAGCUGAUGGGAAGGAAGUCACAACUAUGAAACUGCUGGAUGGUAACGAGAAUCACAAUUCCACAAAUAAUAGCACCUCUUCACAUCUGUAGCACUUCUAUUGACAUAAUUAUAAAUAAAAUAAGUGGCUUCCUAAAAUAAAUCAAUUAACAGGAUGAUGGGUACUAAUGUGGCCAUCAACACAACAAUCUAUGAGUAAAUAAAACUAAUUUUAAUAUGUUAAUAUUUGUUUUUAUUACAUAUUGCAUAUGUUUCUAUCAAAAUGAUCAUUCUCAGGUUAUGUGAACAUAUACUGUCAUUACUGAAUUGUUUGACUAACACAGAUCCACAUCAGUAAAUGAAUUUUAGGGUAUGUAUUGUGUGACUGUCUUAACAUAUGUAUUAACAUAUUGCAUAAGAAAGUUAUACAAUACAUACCCUAAAAUUUAACAAAACAUUUACAUUACUGUAUCCAUGUCAGUCAAACAAUUCAAUAACAGUGGUAUACAUAUUCAUAUAAACCACCUGAAGAUGAUCACAUUGAUCAAAGCAAGUAUGUGGUAUGUAUAAUAAAAAUAAUAACAUAUUAAUAUUAGUUUUAUUUACUCAUAGACUGUUAUGUUAUACCUGUUUUUUCUAAAAUCUUUGAAACAUUAAUAUAUAACAGAGUAGUGAAUUUCUUAAAUAAACAUAAUUUGAUAUCUGAUGCCCAAAAUGGCUUUAGACAAAAUAAAUCAACUCAUACAGCACUGCAAUCAUUUAUUGAGGAUGUUCAGAAAGCAUUAGACAAUAAGUUUUUUGCUUUGGGUAUUUUUUUGGAUCUUUCCAAGGCUUUCGAUGUGAUAAACCACAAAUUACUGUUGGCUAAAUUGGAACUUUAUGGGUUUAGAGGAAUUUCACUCUCUUUGAUGAGAUCAUAUCUUAUGGGUAGAUCCCAGUUUGUAGAAAUUGACCAUGUUGAUGCCAAGUCUCCAAAUCAAAAAUCAUUCUCCUCUUGUAAGGAAAUAAAGUAUGGUGUUCCUCAGGGUUCGGUUCUGGGACCUCUUUUGUUUUUAAUGUUUAUAAACGAUUUGCCUAAAGCUGUUCAUGAAGCGAAAGUUGUUUUAUUUGCAGAUGACACCAAUAUACUAAU